CAACACUUUGCAUCUAGAGCAUCUAGACAAAGCACCAUUCUACGGCUUCAAAACCACACGCUCGUUCCAUCCAUUUAUCGCAAUUCUGUCUCUAUCGCUGUAUCCUACCUGUGGCAAGCAAUUGCAUUGAUCCUGUUCUAUGCUUUCACACGUCUAAGAUCUUCGACAAUGGAUCCCGACGUUACUAUUGCCCAGAUUGUUCCUCACGAGAACGAUCUACAGCACUCGGUGCAAACCGCCAACAUGGCUGAAGCAUCCCAAACUGUGGCACCAAAAGCCACCCACGGAACUUUUCAGCUUUCCAAAAAUGAUUCUACCAUGAGCUUCGCAAAAAUUACUGCUUCGCUCUCCAACAGUGAUUCUUCUGGCAACUUGGCCAAGGUCACCACUCGCCCUUUGCAGAAUUCACUUGCUGGAUCUCGCAAGUUUACUCCAGUUCAAUCAGUCUUUAAUGACUUUGCUACGGCUCACUCAUCGAUCACCUCCAAGAACUCCAGAGCAAAGCUCUCAGAAAACAAUCUCGCUGAAUCGUCAUUACUCAAGACCGAGCUUAUCCUGGAGCAUUUUGAGGUUAAGCCUGUGAGACUCGAUACGGCUUUUCCUAACAAGCCCGCUAUUCCACCACGUGCGGCCUUGAAAAAUGUUCGCAACCUGUCUCUUGAAUUUGGAACUUUGGGUGGAGCGAGUGAAUCUGAAAAGGGCGUUUUCUCGACACGCAACUAUGGAAAAGUUUUCUCACCACGUCUCUCAAUCGUCAAGGAUUGCCCACGAUCGGAUGUCGAAUCACCUGCUGGCUCUUCCAGCCUUCUUGUGCACCCACCCAGCACCCCCAAUGCUAGGGUCAAUGUGCUUGCUGCGAGACCUGUGAGGCCUACUAGCAGCGUGUACAGUGUUAGUAGCCCAAGCCCGGGGCCGAAGAAUCUUUUUCAAGAUCUGCAGAGCGAUGUUUUGCCAACACAGGCAGCUGGGAAUGAUGUGAACUUUAUUCCAUUGUCGCCAAUCAUUGAUCAAUCAAAGUAUCAACCAGGUCUGUUUCAUUCAACUUCUGAGACCGUUAUCCACAAUCACAACUACGGUGAAAUCCAUGGUCUGGACAGCAACUUCGGCGACGAUGCUGGAUCUUACUACGGAUACGACGAGGACAUUAGCUUCGAGGGAAGCAACAAUGGCGAAGAUUUGGUUCUUUUUCCCGACCAGACUCAAACCUUUGAAGAUAAGGACCAGACCUCUUUGUCUAACCCAUCCACUGUCUCCUUGUCAAAUUCAUCUCCUCACUCUGAAGCUGGCACUGUGCUUCACCAUGUUGAGUUCGCGGGAGUAGACGAUGAUGACGCCUCUAUUAUGAGCUUCUACGAUGAUGAAAACACCAUUGAGUCCAUUACGCUCCCGGAUAAUAUUCCAACGGCCACUAGAGCCACACAUGGAUGUCCCAUGGUUUGCCCUUCGCAAGAGUCAAUCAAGCCCGCUCCAUUGACGCCUUUCCGUCGCGGUACAAACACCAGUGCCCCAGUCAUGGGAAACCCGUCAAACAUUGGUCUCCCUCGUGUACCUGCGCCACCCGGUCGGGUUUAUCUGGCUGAUUCCUCCCCGAGAGUACUUGGCCCGUCGUCCUCGCCAUAUGAAGAUACGCACAAUCUUCUUGGCCUCUCCCCGAAUACACCAACCAAGAAAAAGGUUGGCAAGCAGGCAAACAGUGCAUCACCGCUCAAGAAAGGACUUUGUGAAGAUGGUGAAGAGUCGAUGAGCCCAGCGACCCACAAUUACCACGAGAGAAAUAUCAGCAUUGAACUUCAUGGAAUGGCCGACGAUGGUGGAAACAGUGAGAAGGCACCCUCUCCCAAGAAGGGCGAAGUCGGAUUUCAAACUACCCCCUCCAGCUACAAAUCGGUCAUGAGAAACCUUCGAUCUGAUCAGAAGCGCCUUUCGAAGAUUUUCUCCGAUGGGUUCUAUGCUACUCGUCACUCUCCUUCGAAGAAAGCAUGGCAUAGGAGGAACAAGGACAAGGCCAUCAAAAUCCCCAUCCGUCCAAUUCCUGGCAAAGAUGGAUCUCCGAGACUUUCAAAGCAUAGAACCUCCGGUUCUAGCAACUUCACUGGCAAGGAAGAUGAUCCCAAUGACUGGGAGACUGUUACAGAUAGCAUAAUGCUGUUUAGCAGGGAUGACGAGAAAGAAAAAAUUCGUCCAUUCGUCGAUGCUGCCUUCAACGAAGCUGGGAGCAGCAUUGCCAAUUUUUCGGAUCAUCUUGGGGAAAGCAGCAGUGGCCCAAUUCUGGCUGCCCUCACACUUGCACAAUCGGAGCAAGUCAUGCGCUAUCAUGAUCGUUACAAUGGCGACGAUGGGAUGCAUCCAGGACAUGUCAUGGAGACAUCAUCAUCCACUAUGCUCCCCAGACGCAGAAUGCAUGGAACUGAUGGGUUCCCUUUGAAUGGGUUCAGAACACCAAAGAGGGGCUUUGGAGCUGUUACAAGCUCUCUUAUGCCCGAGGAUACUCUAUCUUCGCCAUUGGACAACUACUCGCGUUCAAGGCAGAACGGCCCAGUUAUGAAGCCACAGUAUAAGAGUAGGUUCAAUGAUGACUUCCAGCACGAUCAAUCAAUCUCUACUACCAUGGAUAUGACCCUUCCUGGCCUCGGCAACUUUGCUGGCCCAUCAACUCCAAUGCAUUGGGUUGAAGGCGAUAAUCACUUGGGGGUAGAUUUGAGAGGAAGCCCAAGCAACCGAGGAAUGAACUCCCCAGAUUCAUUCAUGCAAAUAAUGAUCCAGGCAAAUGGAGGUACAAUGCCACAAUACAUGGGAGACAAUGACAGCGAACACCGCACCCUUGGAAGCAGCAUCGCGGAUACCAGCACCGCCUCUGAUGAUGACUCUUUCUUCGUGGACCUCCAUGGCGGCCCACCCGUGAACGAGAACCAUCCAUACGGCGGUCUGUACGCUUUCAAUCAGGAUCCCAAUGCGAAGGAGCGCACUGGAAUUACACCGGGCAACUCUCGUGCCCGUGCUCCUCUCGUCAAAGGUCCCCCUGGUGCCUUCUACAGGAAGCUUCAGUCAAAGGCAAACUCCCUUCUUGCCAAGAAAGUUGAGGAGACACCCACUAAGAUGCCAUAUUCUCCAACGAAGUCGCUGGGACGCACAUUGCCCGGUAAGACUAAAGUGGCAUACUCUCCAAGCCGCAUGCUGCGCCCUUUGUCUCUGGUCGCCGACUCUCUGGGACCUAUCAACCAGAUCAUUCCACAGCCUACUGGCAAUGAGAACUAUGUGUACAAGUCUCCUCUUGCGCCAGUCCAGUCAGCUGAGUGGAUGAAUCUGUAUUCGACUGCGGACCUGAACCGCAUCAAUUCAUCCCCGCAUUCAGCUCAUUCAUCCCCACGUUUUGAUUAUUCAUCUCCGCGUUUUGAUCAGUCAUCCCCGCGUCCUGUUGAUUCGCCCCUGAGUUCUGCUCACUCAUCUCCGCUCAUUGGAGAGCCUCUCUUGCGCGAUCCUGCGUGGCACGUCCAUGAAGGCCCUCCACGCUUGUCGGCCUGGAUCCAUGACAAUUCGUCCACGGCCACCGACACUGCUGAUCGCAAGGCCAAGAUUUCGAAUGUUGCGGUGGCUGUAUGCAUGCUCCUUCCACCAGCUCUUCUCCUCCUGAGAGUUGGCUGGCUUGAUCAGUUCAUGAUCUGGUACACCAAGGGUGAUAUUUCCCACUUUGGCAAGACCCAGAAGAAGGUCGCAGGCUACUUGUUCGCCGCCUAUGUCUGCAGCGCCACUGUUGUCGUGAUCAUCACUGUUCUGAUCCACACGUUUCAUGCAUCUUCUGCUUGAUUCGCACUUACCACACUGACGCACUACGUGUCAAAAUGUGUAUGUAUAUAUACUCAAAGAGGCGACAAUUGUUGAAGUACAACUUUCGGAAAGGAGAAUGGGAAGCGCAAGGAGUACAAGACAGGCCGAGAUUUUGUGUAUCCGCCAAACAACAACUUCCUCGUUCGAUUUCUGACUAUAGGUAUAUGUCGUCCACAAUUUGCUGACUGGCUAUCGACGGUAUUUGAACAUAUUCACGGAGACCCAAUAAGUACAACCAAAGGGAAUCACUAAAUCGUGUAAUAGUCAGAUCCAAUAAAAUUAUAAAAUCCAAUUGCAGUCUUAAGUGAAAAUUGUGAACU